GAGAGAGAGGACACACACACACAUCUCCAGAGGAGAGCCGGAGAAGAAGAGGUUGCCUGGUUGAAUCCUCCAUCAUGGCUCUGAGGGACGAGCUGCUGAAGUCCAUCUGGCACGCGUUCACUGCUCUGGACCUGGACAAGAGCGGGAAAGUGUCCAAAUCUCAGCUGAAGGUUCUGUCGCACAAUCUGUGUACAAUGAUGAAGAUCCCACACGACCCUGUGGCCCUGGAGGAGCAUUUCAAAGACGACGAUGAGGGUCCUGUUUCCAACCAGGGGUACAUGCCGUACCUGAACAAGUUCAUCCUGGAUAAGGUGACUGAUAACUUUGACCGUCAGGACUUCAACAAAAUGUGCUGGACUCUGUGCUCCAGGAAAAACCUGCAACAGAGUCAACUGCUCAUCUCCAACGACGACGCCUUCAAGAUUUGGUGCAUCUUCAACUUCCUAUCUGAGGACAGAUAUCCUCUGAUCAUCGUCACCGAAGAGAUCGAGUACUUCCUGCAUAAGCUGACGGAGGCGAUGGGUGGCAGCUGGGUGGAGGAGCGGUUCGAGGACUACAAGCUGCAGCUGGACUCGAAGCAGCAGUGUUUGAGCGCCUGGGAGCUCAUCAGCCUGGUGGGUUCGGGUCACUUCAGUAAAGGCAUGGACCGUCAGACGCUCUCCAUGGGCAUCAACGAGGUCUACCAGGAGCUCAUCCUGGACGUGCUCAAACAGGGAUUCAUGUUGAAGAAAGGUCACAAGAGGAAGAACUGGACAGAGCGCUGGUUCAUGCUGAAGCCAAACUCCAUGUCCUACUACGUUGGCGAGGACUUGGCUGAUAAGAAAGGAAACAUCUUAUUGGAUGGAAACUGCAACGUGGAGCCUAUACCUGACAAAGAGGGAAAGAAGUGCCUCUUCAUCAUCAGGUCGUCAUUAAAAAGUUUUGAAAUCAGUGCGUCGGACAAGAAGAAGAAGCAGGAGUGGAUGCAUGCCAUUCAGACCUGUGUGAGUCUGCUGCGUCAGGGACGACCGGCGCCGCAUUGUGAGGCUCGGCAGAAGCGGCGGGAGCUGCGAUUGAAGCAGCAGGCAGAGCAGGAGGAGCUGGAGCUGAGGAUGAGGGAGCUGCAGACAGCCAACGAGGCCAAACAGCUGGAGCUGGAGAACAUGAGGAAGGCUCUGGAAGAAGGAGCGGCUCAAGCAGCAGAAGAAGAACGAAGACGGCUUCAGACCCAGACUGAACUCCAGGACCGCUACAGGAUGGACCUGGAGAGAGAGAAAAUGGUACGGCAGCAGAUGGAGGAGCAGGUGGCCCAGAAGUCCACUGAGCUGGAGCAGUACCUGCAGCGGGUCAGAGAGCUGGAGGACAUGUACAGUCAACUGGAGGACGCUCUGGAGGACGAGAGACGAGCCAGACAGGACGAGGAGGCCGUCCGUAGGCUACAGGCACGGUUACUGGAGGAAGAGGCUACAAAGAGGGCAGAGCUGGAGCAGAUCCAUCUGCAGCAGCAGCUGGCCAUCUCAGAGACGGAGGCUGAGAAACAGGAGCUGGAGAGGGAACGUCAGGCUAAAGAGAGCGCCCUGCAGGCUGCGAUGACACAACUGGAACAACUGGAGCAAGAGAGACAGGGUGCCCUGGAGCAGUACCAGACGGUGAUAAAGAAACUGGAGGACGCAGCCAACAACACAAAGACCUGGAAGCACAAGGUGGCUGAACAUGAGGGCUUUUUACGGCUCAUUCAACCAGGUUCCAAGGGACAGAGGUUGAUCACUAACUGGGGCCCAGCAGCCUUUUCUGACGCGGAGCUCAACCUGAGGGAGAAGAAGUGGAAGGACACGAAGAACCAGACAACACAGGCUCAGUAGAGGCUGAACCUUAGACAUGUUGACACCUCAGAGGAGAUGAAGAGAGACUGCUGGGAUAUAUAGACAUUAAUGAGAGAAACAUUUUAUGGUAAAGGUUCAGUGUGUGAGAUUGAGGUGUGAAAUGGAUCUAUUGACAGAAGUUGAAUGUAAAAUAAUCCUAGUGAUGUUUUAUCUAGUGUUUCAUCUAAAUUGUACAAAUUGUUGUUUUCUUCACCCUUGAAUGGGCCCUUUAUAUCUCAGUACUUUACAUUUACAUCAGGAGCGGGUCCUCCCUACGGAGGCAGCCAUGUUUUUUACAUUAGUCCAAAGUGGACAAACUUAACACCUUUUGAGUUUUUAUGACAACUGAAGGCUUCCAUAGCUUCUCCUUCGUGUUUGGAAGGUGAGGUUGAGGUGAGGGGUAUUCAGCUGCAACAUGCAACUUCACCACUAGAUGUCACAAAAGUCCACACACUGAACCUUUGAGGGGCAUUAAGUCAGGAAGUUUAUCCCUUUUAUGAAUUUUUAGUGUUGACCUUUAAACAAGUAGCUGUCUGUUUAGAAUGCCAGAUCAAUGGAGCAGUCACAUUUUCCCAUUGUGCAGUAAUUUUUUUACAGAAAUCCUACAAAAAAAGAGAACUGAUUACAGGAAUUAAAUGGACGUGUGAGGUGAGUUCACUUUAGUAUUUAAUACUGAUGUUUAACCCUAAUUUAGCGAGCACAUAUGAAUAUGCAGAGGAAAUAACAAAAAAGUGCCUUGAACCUCUUCAUUUUUCAAGAGUUUAGCAUUUAAUCUUUUGCAGAACCAGCAGCCAGAGGCUACAAGUAUAUUCAUACCUCAGUGAGUGUCCAUGCAACUGCCUUUUUUAUUUUCCUCUACUUAAUCCGGACUGUCUGUUUGAACUCUAUCAAUGCACUACAUUUGGUCCAACACAAACAGUUUUAAGGUGUUUUAAGUAUCAGGUUGUUGUUGAGUUAAUCAACAAUUGUUGGGGCCAAUUGUUCAAUAGAUUUUAUCCGGAUAAAAGUAAUCCAGAUUGGAUCAAAUCCUGAAAACAGAUUGUUCCAAAGAGAAAAAAGGGAUUCUGAAAUCUGAUUAGAUUAUGUAGUCUAAUUUUGGUUUUAAUCUGGAUCAGGUUGGGCUGGUCAAAACGUUUAGGUAGGAUAGGGAUACAUUUGAUCCUAAAAAGAUGGAUUAUUCUGAUCCCAGGAGAAGGGUGGAUUCAGAGGGGAUUUUGACAA